AAGUGGGUCCACAGGCCCUUUCAAAAGGAUUGAAGAUGAAGGAGUGAAGUCUAAACUGGAUUUUUUGAGGGCAAAAUUCAUCACCAGUAAAAAGAAGAUGAUUGGUACCACCUUCUCCAAAGAGAGUGAGAAACCAGAGUGUUUAGAAAUUCGCUUCUUGGAUCAAAAUGAGAAAAGGAUCCAACGAUUGUUCAAUGGAGUGGAUGCUUCUAUGAUAUUGAGAGUUGAGAAAGAUUCUUCGAUGGACAAUUGGAUGCAGAGUGUGGAAAACAAGUUCAAGACAUCAUUCACAAUGGUACCUAUGAGGUUGGAGGAUAAAACGUACACAGAGUUACCACGGGACCUUAAGUACCAAGAAUUAAAGAAGCGUUCAAAGGGGAAGAGAAAGUACCAUGGAUUUUACGUUAAAAUAUAUGCAAGGUCCAAGCAUUGAAUCAGAUAAUGUGUUGUCAGGAAGCGGGGUAAAUAAGCCAAAAAGUCAGCGCAUUGUCCUCUCUGACUCGGAAGACGAGUUUGAAGACCCUGAAAAGAAAUUGAAGACAGAAACCCCUAAAACAAGUACACCUGUUUGUACACCAUCCAAAGUGGUACAUGUAGCAGCUAUUGACGAAGAUCUACCCAUGCUUCAUUCUCCUUCAAAGAAAGAGAAGAGAACAUCCAGCCCUGGACAAUCAUCAAUUGAGAAAGACAGUGAAGAGCUGCCAGAUAUUCCUUUACCUAUGACAUUAAAGGAUACAGAUGCAUCUACAUGUACAGAUGAUGAAGACUGGACAUCAAAUCUUGAAAAUAAGGUGGAUGAAGACAAUAUCCUGAAAGACUUUGAGGAAAUGAUGCAGAAAAAAAGAGAAAGGCAGUUGUUUGCAGAGAGCACCUUCAUCGACUUCCCGACGAAAGAGGAUGUCAGAAAAAAUCUGUGUGUUGUUUAUGAAUGUCAUGGAGGUCUUGCGAUAAAUCGACCGUUCAAAUAUGGUGACACAGUCAAGAGUGUAUAUAGCUGGAUUAUACAACAAAUGGAUCCAGAAAUUCUUCCCCCGGUGUUCCAUUUAGAGUGCUCAUCCCCAACCAGUUGCCAGAACAAAGGAUGCCCCCAUAUAUAUGAAUUGGGCAACAGCUAUAAAGUUAAGGUCGAGGAGUUGCCGGAUGUCUUAUACCUUCGUGAAGGGUGUUUUGCUGUAAAUGAUACCUUUACUGGUCUUGGGGAUGUCCUGAUUUAGCCAGUCAGCAGCAUUCAGGAAUUUUGUGGCGGCCUUCUUUGCUUUACUUUUUGUAAUCAUUAGUUUUUUAGUAUUGUAACUGGAAUUUUUUUCGGGGGCGGUAAUGUGGCCACUCCAAUUACACUACAUUUAUAUAUAUGUAAAACAUUUAUAUAUAUGUAAUACUGAAAUACUUUUUGUAUUCGUUAGUUUUUUUAGUAUUGUAACUGGAGUUUUUUUUCGGGGGCGGUAAUGUGGCCGCUCCAAUUACACAACAUUUAUAUAUAUGUAAUGCUGAAAUACUUUUUUUUGUUGUUAGUUUUUUAGUAUUAUAACUGGAGAGCUUUAUCGGGGCGGUAAUGUGGCCGCUCCAAUUACACUACAUUUAUAUACUAGUAUAUGUAAUACUGAAAUACUUUUUGUAAUCGUUAGUUUUUUAGUAUUGUAACUGGAGUUUUUUUAUCGGGGGCGGUAAUGUGGCCGCUCCAAUUACACUACAUUUAUUUACUAGUAUAUGUAAUACUGAAAUACUUUUUGUAAUCGUAAGUUUUUUAGUAUUGUAACUGGAGAGUUUUUUUAUCGGGGGCGGUAAUGUGGCCGCUCCAAUUACACUACAUUAUAUACUAGUAUAUGUAAUACUGAAAUACUUUUUGUAAUCGUUAGUUUUUUAGUAUUGUAACUGGAGUUUUUUUAUCGGGGGCGGUAAUGUGGCCGCUCCAAUUACACUACAUUUAUAUACUAGUAUAUGUAAUACUGAAAUACUUUUUGUAAUCGUUAGUUUUUUAGCAUUGUAACUGGAGAGUAUUAU